AUGGAGAUUCUGGGGCGCUGGGACCAUCCUUGUGCCUACGACGUCCUCUACCACAUUUACCUCUACGGCUCCAAUAGUUCCUUUGGGAGCACUGGUCAGCUAGGCUACACUAUGACAUGGAGCAGCAACAGGUGCAAGUUGGAAGGGCGAGAUGGCGAAGUGUUCAAUUUGAGAAUUCGGGAAGGCUGCCCUGAGAUCACAGAGAGGGACGCCUUAAAGCUGAUUGCGCGCCUGGAGGAUGAGAAUCUGGAGACCCUAAAGGCCAACACGAAGGCAACUCGAAGCCGGGUCAAGGCCGCAGCUUUGGCAAUGAGCAAGACGUGGUUUGAUCAUUUGAUUUCGUACAUAGAUGGAGAGCUUUCGAGCGAAGCAUGGAAGGCAAUUGAAGCUGCUCCUUUCCUUCAGGAUGUUCCUCGUCCUUGCGUUGCAGGCCUAGUUGAUUCGGUUCCAGAAACCAAUGGUUGGGACAUUCUUCGCGGUCUUGAGCACUUGAACAGACGGGCUCGUAAGAAGUUGUGGGCGUCAAACAAGUGGUUGGUUCACCUAUAUUCGGGAGAGCGUGAUCGGCAAGAGUUUCGGCAUCUCGAGAACCAUGGUUGCGCAGUGUUGGAAUUGGAUAUAGCUAGAGGGCGAACCCAGGACGUUCUGAGGCCGUCAGUGUGGCGAGUACUGGAGUUUGCCGCUAGAAAGGGAAAGAUAGCUGGAAUAGUGGGAGGUUCGCCGCAAGGAAGUUUCAUGAUUUCGAGGCAUGUCCUAGCUGGCCCUGAACCACUGAGAAGCAAUGAUUUCCCCUACGGCAACUGGCCGGGUCAGUCUGAUGCUGAUGUGUUCAAGGUGAACCGUGAGACCCAGCUGAUGGUGAGGAUGAUCUACCUGCACGCGCUGUCAACAGCGGAUCGCUUGAGAGCUAAUGUUGAUCCGGAGCUGUCAAGGGAAGUUGCUUUUCUGUUAGAACACCCCAGGGAUCCACGAGGCUACCUCAAGUUUGGCGACCCUUUGUACCCAGACGUUGUGAGCUUUUGGAGGACUCCGCUGUGGUCUGAGUAUGCACUUGAAGCAGGGCUGGAUUAUUACAACUUUGACAUGGCGGCGCUAGGUACCUCGUAUGCUACGAAUGAGCGCAGAGCAAUGGAGGGACCGGUGAAGGUCGGUGGGGCGGAUCCUGAUGCUCGCGGUGCUUUUCCAAAGAAUUUCAAGUACAUCUUCGUAGCUAAGCUUCGGGUGCCCAAAACAUUUGUUGAAGAUGGUCGGGGAGCUUGGGUUGACUACGAGGAGGGCGAGCUUGCGAAGGAAGAGUACGAAGAUAAGGAUGAUGGUCUAGCUUCGGAAGGAAAAGGGCCUGCUGAUGAGGAAGUUCGGGAUGUUGUUGGUGCCAAUGCCGACGAUGAUGAAGAUCCCCCAGAACUUGAGCAUAAGGUGAAGUUGGAUGUUGAUGAGAACUCCGAUCUUGCUGCCCCCGAGCUGGUGAGCCUUAUCUUUUCCACGGGCUUGCGCGAUGAUAAAGCAGUCACCGUGCUUGAGGCGGUGCAGGAUGUGGUUCUCUACUGCCAGUCACUCAACAUCCCUGUGAUCCGGUUUCAUACUGAUCGCGGCAUGGAGUUUCAAGCCAGAGCUACAAAGCAGUGGUUGAAAGGUCAGGGAAUUCGGGUCACCACAUCGGAAGCUGGAGUGCACCAGACGAAUGGGGCUGCCGAAGCUACCGUCAGAUGGAUCAAGCAGCGACCCAAGUUGGAGGACAUGGCACCGAAGUGGACGCAGGGAAUCUACGUGGGUCUUUCGGGGAAAAUCAUCUGGUUCAGUGAUGUAGUUGGCGUCUCCAAGGUGACCGUUUUCGAUGAUGAAGGCCUCAAAAAAUGGGCGGAAGCAGUACUUGGAGAAUGGUCCCAGGAGGAGGCGGAGGCCAUUGUGAUUCAGGCUGGCAAGUAUCUCCCUGCGGCGGACAACAACUAUGGGAUGUUUCGCUUCGGAGGUCGAGUGGGUGUAACAAGAGCAACUGUUGAGCGACCAUGGUUAGCAAAAAUUCUGCUGAGGUUGUUGACAGAACGGGCUCCAGAUGCGGAGUUUGCCUCGGUCUUUAUCUCUAUCAACAACGAAAGGGAAGUUCAUAUAGACCGCAACAAUGCCAUGGGCACGUUGAAUUACAUCCUGCCGGUUGUGAUGCCUAAGCGAGGUGGUGAAAUUUGGCAAGAGCUGCGCAAUGGGGAUGUGGUGUCAGGGAGGAUUUUGGAACUUCAGUCAAAAGAGGGACGAGUACGUUAUGGUUGUUCCUAUCCUCUACAAGAGGGGCAAGUCUUUUACCUAAAUCCCCAUCGAAGACACGCUGUUUUGCCAUGGAAGGGAGAGCGUUUGGUUAUCGUCGGCUACACCCCGGGAGUGCUACAAAACCUCAAUCGUCAUGAUCGGGAGCUACUGUGGGAUUUGGGUUUUCCAAUGCCUUUGGUUGAGGAGGAGCCUAAAGCGGAAAUUUACAUCAAUAUGCUGAACGUCGUCCAAGGUGUUGUGAAUAAAGCCGAGAUCCAGGAUCUGAGUCCCGAGGAGAUGUUUGAUGAGAGAGCGGAUGUGAAGGUUGAGGAAGAAGUACCCGGUGACGGUAGUGAAGGCCAAGGUUCGCUAAGUUUUGAAGGCUGUUCGAGUGGGCAGCAUGGUGUUGAAAGUGAAGAAUGGUCUUUCUGGGAGAUGUGUGUGAAGUUGCAAGAUGGUACUGCGAGUGUAGCAGUUAUUCCGGAGCUUGAGAACGAAGUGAGCAUCGCCAAGGCCGAAGUCGGGUUCACGGAGAAUAUAGAGGUGCUAUUGCAAUCCCUAGAUGCUCCUUUGACCAUCGUGCACACCGUCAAUCCCAAGGAAGUUGCGCAGUGCUUUGAGAAAUGGAUUCCCUCACUCGCCAAGGAGGUUAAGUCGUUGGAGCAUGCUGUUGACCGAGUUGAUAGUGCAAACCCAGAGACUCGCGCCGAUUUGGAUUCGGGCAGAGGGCAAGUGCUACCGAUGAAAGUAGUUUACACAGUCAAGCCUCCAGAUCCUCCUGCCGAAGGUGAAGUUCUCAGUGAGCAGUACAAGCGCAAGUCGAGAAUAGUUGUGCGCGGGAACUUUGCAGCCCAUCAGCCCGGAGAAGUCUACACGAAUACAGCCCCAGCCGAGAUAGUUAGGGCAGCCAUUGCGUUGGCCAGGUUUUUCAAUUGGGACCUGGGGAUGAUUGAUGUCGUUGCGGCGUUCCUGCGAACCCCGUUGAAAGAGCUAAAGGGGGCACCGCUUGUGUAUGGAAUCCCGCCAAAGGUUCUCAUCAAGGCCGGACUUUGUAGACCAGGAGAGCUGUGGAGAUUUACGCAUGCGGUGUAUGGCUUACAAGAGUCACCAAAGCUGUGGGGUGCAUUUAGAGACCUUCGUUUAGCUCGCGUGCAACUGGUGUUCGAAGGCAAAAGAGUGACCUUGAUGCAGGGAACCGUUGAGCCAUCGUGGUGGUCAGUGCUAGAAGAGGGGUCACAACUUAUCGGCAUCAUUGUUGUGUAUGUCAAUGUAGAUGAUCUCCUGAUUUGCGGCCACACCGCGAUCAUCAAGGAGCUUGCCAAGGCCAUUCGAGCUAUUUGGAAGACGAGUGAUUUGCAGCUGAUUUCUGAAGGACCACUGAGAUUUUUGGGAAUGGAGAUUUCUCGCUGCACCCAAGGGUAUGCUCUGUCUCAGCGUUCGUAUAUUGAGGAGCUUGUCAGGUUACAUCAGUUACCAGCAGCGCGCAAGGAUGUAAUCCCGAUAUCCAAGGACCUAGCGGUGUUUGCUGCGGAUGAGGCUGAAGGCGAGUACAGUGAGACGGAGUUGAGACUUGCUCAACAAUGGGCCGGAGAGCUUCUGUGGGUCUCCCAAAGGACCCGUCCGGAUAUAGCGUUCACGGCGUCACUGGUCGGAUCGCUGGCGACUCGUGCGCCUCGAAGAGCAGCCCAGAUUGGGGAAAAGACGCUUGGCUUCCUACAGAGAACAGCAAAUCUGUGCCUGGUGUAUGAUGGGGACAGCUCCGGUCUGGCCGCCUACUGUGAUGCAAGCUUUGCCCCUGAGGGAGGACGCAGCCACACCGGAUGGCUGGUGCAGUUACAUGGGUGCACAAUUGCUUGGAGGUCGGGGCGGCAAUCCACCGUGACUUUAAGUACGGCGGAGUCGGAGUUGAUGGCAAUGUCGGAGGCGGUGCUCGCUCUUCAAAGUGUGGACUCAAUGAUGCAAGACAUAAAGGUAAGCGUGCAGCCCCACCAGUUGUUCUCGGACUCAACUUCAGCGUUAGCAAUCGCAAAUGGAUCAGUCGACUGCUAUGCCUUCGUGAUCCAGAUGAAGAAGGAGAUGAUCGAGAAGGUGUUGCUUCGACAAGCACAGCAGCGCUCAGCAGCGGCAGCAGCAGAGCCAGACUGGAUUGGCGGUUGA